AUGGAGUCAAUUAGCCUCGGCUACCACUUUGAUGUGAAUAAUUACCACAUCCGGAAUGCAACAGUGGUUAGAUUUGAACCUGUGCCUUUGUGCUUGCACCACUACACGUGCGCCAGCUGCGCCAGUUCGAAGAUUCAGACGUACCUACACCUAAACGAGUCGCAUCCGUGUUUUUGGUGUCCAGACGAAACACAGUCUUUAUCCGUCCAUGAGCAAGAUAUUUGGGACGAGUACAACUCUUUACGAAUCCAAUAUACACCAGUCGAUGCAGAUUUUGCCGAAAAAUCGUGGGCCUUCGUGGAAAACCACACAAAAACUGUCGCUGUGACCAGGAUGACCACUAAUGACGCGAUAGUAACCGACCUGUCGUUUGGCUUUCCAUUUUACGAUGUGAUAAUUUCCAAGGCUUUGAUUGUCUCAGGAUUAGGUUCAAUCUCUGCAUUCGUUAAUUCGUCCUGGGCGAUUUUUCCGUUUGUUGCUUCAGAGGCAAGUAGCUCCUUCACAUUCGUCGAUACCGGUGAUUCCUUCCAUGUCAAUUGGGAAGAUUUUAUUUUAAAUGACACCUCGUACAAAGAUGCGAUGAAAUUCCAGGCGUCUCUUUUCGAGAACGGCACGAUCCAGUUCGUGUACAUGAAGGUUCCAAAGGACUUGACUACUGACGAUGCCAUCAGCACCCACGAGAUUUCAAUUGGUGUUGCCUACAAACAUUUGGAGAAAUUUGAUAAGGGGCGCAACGAAACCCAUCAUCUCGGCCACAGCAUAGGCAUGAAAAAGUUCAAAAUCCAGGAUGGCACCGUGAUAAGAUUCGAACCAUUGCCUUCGUGCACGAAAUACAAGGACUGCAAGAGCUGCGUAAAUGCUAUCAUUCCGAUGUUCCGAAUUAUCUGCAAUAACCUCAGCAAUAAUGCUGAACCAGCGUUUGCUCGAUAUGUUGACGGAGACGUUAGCCUAAUCGGAAUCUAA